CACAACUCGCCUUGCACAGCACAUACACGCAGCUUGUGUGGAUGAUCAGAAAUCGUGAAUGAGGGGUCCGCGCCAUCGUGUGGCCUUGUAUUUGACCACAUCGCGCCUCUUCACACCCUGCCACUCACGACUGCGCACCAUCAAUUCGCUUCGACAGAGCGUGCAUCGACUUCCAUUGAACCUGCAUCCGGCCUUGGCUCCUGAACGCCCCUUACAAAUCAACCUCUUCCGUCCGCAGCCAUCUUUCGUGCUCACAGCUUCAAUCAUGGCCACCUCAGAGUCAGAGCUGAGCGACCGACUGUCCAGCAUCGCUUCGCAGCCCACAUCGUCUAGAAUCGGAGCAUACAGCGAAGUGCUCCACUCCUUGUUGACCGCUCCACGCAAGGACUUGCCAGCAGAACAGCUCAAAGCUCGACUAUCCAACUACCUCGAUGCUGCGGUAUUCAGCGAUGCAAACUCUACAGGCGGUGGCUUGGUGGUCGGUCGACAAGCAUUGACUGCUUUUGAUGAGGCGCUGGCUGGUCCGCUCGCCCGCAAUCCUAGCGAAGCACCUGAUGACGCCUCGCAAGCCGCCUGGCCAGCAGUUUGGGAAUCCGACACGCGCAGAGAAAUCCUCGAGAUGGCAUUGGAAAAGGUCACGGCACGAGUAUUGAGCUUCGAGGAGCAGACAUCUUCGCUCAGAUUACACCUUGCUGACCUGCUCGAGAAUGACGAAGAGUGGGCAGAAGCAGCGGGCGUGCUGCAAGGCAUUCCUCUGGAUUCCGGACAUCGAAGUGUUUCGGAUCUGGUCAAGCUUCGCAUCCUCAUCCGCAUCGUCCGCCUACUGCUAGAGUCCGACGACUCGGUAGCUGCGGAUGUAUCCCUCAAACGCGCCAGUCUGAUCGUUCACAAUGUGCCUGGCGCGGUCCCCGCUCUACCAGGCACAGAGAGCGAGGUGCCCCAGACCAGUGCAGAGGCUUUGCAGGAGGGCAAGCAGCUCGGACUGAUGUACAAAUUCUGCCAAGCUCGCAUCUACGAUGCCCAAAGACGCUUUUUGGAUGCUGCGACGCGCUUUCACGACUUGUCGUACAUCACCGACAUUCCAGAAAGCGAGCGCGAGAAAAUGCUCUCUGCAGCCGUCACCGCUUCCAUCCUCUCCCCAGCAGGCCCUCAGAGGUCUCGCAUCUUGGCUACGCUCAUGCGCGAUGAGCGCUCAGCUUCGCUCGAACAGCACACAAUCCUUUCGAGAGUCUUUUUAGAUCAAAUUGUACGCCCCGCCGAGAUCGAAACCUUUGCAAAGCUCUUGGCUCCACACCAACGAGCGGCAUUGCCUCCCACUUCAAACGAAGCUGCUGUUGCAUCCGUAUCAGCAGAGGGCGACGUCGAGAUGAGCGAGGGCGCUCAGCUGAACCCUAGCACCAGAACAGGCCCGAGCACGGUCUUGGAUCGCGCAAUGAUUGAGCACAAUAUCAUUGCGGCCUCGCGUAUUUACAGCAACAUUACAAUCGCCGGUCUGGGCGCCUUAUUGGAUCUGUCUUCCGUCGGCGCUGAGACUAUGGUCCGACGCAUGAUCGCUCAAUCCAGGCUGCGAGCCGAAAUCGACCAGUGCGACGGCAUUCUUACCUUCUUGGACACUGGACGAUCGAGCGUGGAGGAGGCCGGCACGGCAGGCGGACUGGGAGGCUCUGCUGGUGAUAGCAAGGGCACCGCAAACGGCGAAGGAGCCACCAACAGCGCCGGUCUCAGCGCAGCGGACGAACAGGACGACCCUGCCACUAUAUGGGCCAGACGUUGGGACUCCCAAAUCGCUCGGACCGCAACGGCGCUCGAGAAUGUGUGCUCGCGUAUCCGGAACAUUCAGAAGGAGCAGUCAGUGCAAGCAUGAAGCACUUGAUAUCUCUUGCCAGCGCUGCACUUGGCUAUGUUUCACCGCUCACGAGGGGCGCGAUGAGCAUGCAUUCGCUUCGAGGUCAUAAUUUGACUGCUGUGCUGUACCUAUACGAGUAAGGCCGCCAUUGCGACCAACAAAAGCAGAAGCAAUAAAGUCAAAGUUUGCCUCGACCAGCGUCCUCGCUUGCGUCGGUUUCGUCGCUGUCCUCGCUAUCCAUGCUGUCGUCUUCAUCACCAUCCGAUCCGCUCAGAUCGUCAUCCUCGCCACCAAGAUCUCUCCUUUCCAUUUCAUAACCCAACUUGCUGAGUUGCUCUUCCAUCUCCGCAGCGCGCGACGGUGAGGCGGCGAUUGCGCAGAUGGACGUUUCCGGAUCGAAGAGG